AUGGAGCUAGACGAAAAAACACUAAGCCUAAUUAUCUCAAAGAUAGGGCCAGGACUGAUGGUGUCUAUCUCUGCAAUAGGAAGCGGAUUGGGAUUUAUCUCCGGAACGGAGGGUAUAUGUAAGGCUGCAGAGCAUUCUGUUAACACCACAUAUUCACUGAUCCCAAUCAUCUUCAUCACUGCGCCAACAAUGUACUCGGUAAUCCUUUAUUUCAUGGUCUAUGAUAAACACGUAGAAACACUUAGCGACGGAUUGCUUGUUUUGAGUGCCUGUAUAAUCAAUGGAGUAUCCUCGGGCGCAGCUGCUUACUCAAUAGGACACUCUGCAAAGUACGCAUGUGUUGUUAGAGCGUUGCAGCCAAAGUUCCUUACGACAUUCUUCCUUGUCUUUAUUUUUGGCGAGUUGACAGGCCUUCUUGGGUUGGUAUGCGCAAUGGCAAUGUCAUCAAACAUAGGCAAGGCAUAA